AUGUCAACUUCUGAGUCCGCUUCUGAUCCAACGAAGAUGAUCACGUUGGUGUCUUCCGAUGGCGAGUCGUUUGAAGUGGAAGGAUCUGUGGUGAUGGGAUCGCAGGCAAUCAAGCACAUGAUCGAAGACGAUUGCGCCAACAACGCCAUCCCUUUACCAAACGUUCAAAGCAAGGAGUUGGCCCGAGCCGUUGAAUAUCUGAAAAUCCACCGGGCCGAGGAAGGAGGGAAAGAUGUGAAGAAGAAGUUUGAUGACGAGUUCCUGAAAGGGAUGAGCCAUGGUGAUCUGUUUGCCCUGAUGCAGGCUGCGAACUACUUGGACAUCAAAGGCUUGCUUGAUCUUACUUGUCAGAAAACGGCAGACAUGAUCAAGGACAUGAGCCCAGAAGAGGUUCGCGAGAUUUUUAGCAUUGAGAAUGAUUUCACACCCGAGGAAGAAAAAGCGAUUCGCGACGAAAACGCAUGGGCGUUUGAUUGA